AUGGAUAAGGACGCUGGAAGCUUCGUUCCCAUCCCGCAUGGACAUAAGAACGGCCACAUUGACGAGUGCCAGCGAAACAGCACAAUCUGUGAGCCCCACGGGAACUGCAUCAACAUGCCAGGGACUUACAUGUGUAAAUGCAGUUGGGGAUUUGGGAAGAGUCAAAAGGAUACGGCUAAGAUCUGCACAGACAUCCACGAGUGCAACAAGACCCGAGAUAUCUGCGGCCCCAACGCCACAUGUAUCAACAUCAUCAGGAGCUACUGGUGUGAGUGCUGGGCCGGCUACGUCCCCUCCAGCAGGAACACGACCCUGUGCCAAGAGCUCACCUGCCCCCCGCUGCUGGGUGAUGACAACUCUGCCGGAGCCAAGAACCUCCUGGGCAGCUUCCCGGCACAGGUGGGACGUCUCUGCAAGGUGACGCUGGAAGAGCUGAAGCAGAUGAAACCACAGAACGCUGAGCGGAAGCUGCAGGGCUUCUUGGACAUUCUGGAGAAGCAGAUAAAUCUGGUCGGGCAGCAGAGCGAGAGCGUGGAGUGGAGACACCGGAUCGCGACGGAGCUAAUGGCCGUAGUGGAGAAGCUGCUGAGAACGCUGGGCCUGACUGUGCGUGACAACAUGAUCAGCAUCGCAUCCCCCAACGGCACAGAGCUGGGGCUGGUGGUCAGACAGGCUGGGAACCAGAGCCAGGAGACCGUGACGCUGCAGCAGAGCAAGACGCAAAUGGAAUUAAAGUGGGCCGGAGCCCCAGGGCAGAAAAACGAAGGCUUCAUGCUGGCCGGGCUGCUGACAUACCAGGGGAUGAAGCCCAUCCUGGACGGUGCUGGGCGGGUGGAGGCACCCGAGUGGGACAAGAUUGGCCGGACGGGGAAGUGGGCGCAUGAGUUGGGGCGUCCCAGCUACCGUGUGCUGUCUCCGGUGGUGUCGGCCUUCAUCAGUGACCCGAACCCCCAGGCACUCGGCCUCUCCGUCAGCAUCCGCUUCAGCCACCCGGUGCCGGAGAACAAGACCGACCUGCGUCUCCUCUGCGCCUACUGGGAGCCUGGCAGCAGGCGCUGGGCCACUGACGGCUGCACCCUGCAGAAGUUGAACGCCACCAUCACCAGCUGCCAGUGCAACCACCUGACCAGCUUCGCUGUGCUCAUGGCCUUCUACGAGCUGGAGGACUGGACCCUGGACAUCAUCACCAAGGUGGGGCUGGUGAUCUCGCUGCUGUGCCUGCUGCUGGCCAUCGUCACCUUCCUCUUCUGCCGCGCCCUCAAGGGACCCCGCACCACCAUCCACCUGCACCUCUGCCUGGCGCUCUUCAUCGCCUACACCGUCUUCCUCACCGGCACCUCCAGCACCGGCAACGGGGAGGUGUGCGGCAUGGUGGCCGGGCUCCUGCACUAUUUCUUCCUGGCCGCCUUCUGCUGGAUGUGCCUGGAGGGCGCCGAGCUCUACCUGCUGGUGGUUCAGGUCUUCACCCCCCACGGCCUCAGGCGCCGCUACAUGUUCCUGCUGGGCUACGGCGUGCCGGCCCUCAUCGUGGGCGUCUCGGCCGCCACCUACAGCGAGGGCUACGGCACGGCGCGCCACUGCUGGCUCUCGCUGAAGAAGCAAUUUAUUUGGAGCUUCCUGGCGCCCGUCUGCAUCAUCAUCUUGGUCAAUGCCGUGAUCUUCGUGGUCACCGUCUGGAAGCUGUCGCUGAAAUUCGCUGACAUCAACCCCAACAUGAGCCAGCUGAAGAAGCUCAGGGUGCUCACCAUCACGGCCAUCGCCCAGCUCUGCGUCCUGGGCACCACCUGGAUCUUCGGCAUGUUCCAGUUCAACCAGCGCAGCCUGGUCGCCUCCUACAUCUUCACCAUCCUCAACAGCCUGCAGGGGCUCUUCAUCUUCCUGCUGCACUGUCUGCUCAAGAAACAGGUGAGGGACGAGUACCGCAGGUGGCUGAGCUGCGGCAGCUUCAAAGGACCGGCCAAGUACUCCAGGUUCUCCAGCUCGACCUCCACGCGGAGAUCUUCAGCGUUGUCUUUCGCAGCGUGA